AUGGAUCCAACAUGCACGAUCGCUCACUGCGAUUUGGUGCCUGAUCUCCUGCAGCAACUACUUCAAGGCAAUUCAGAUACUCAUCUCAUUGUCUGUGCAACCAGAGCUGAGUUCCUGGUGCAACUCACAGCAGCCAUUCGCUCACAACGCGCUGAUCCAGACACUGCCACGAGCCAUGACUUGCUUACAAAAACUAUCGGGCUGCUUGCAAGAUCCAGCAAAAUACGGCUGGCAUUCUGCCCGAGUUUAGAGAGUCUUCGGGCAUACCUUGCCAUUUUAGGUCCUGCUGUUGGGGUGGCUACCGAGGACACAUCGCUUUCCCAUGACCGACAACUCCUUGCUGUGCUUGAUAUGAUGGCUUUACAUGUUACAACUUCAGAAUUCUCGGCGCAGGGGCUUUCAAGGACACUUGCUUCUGUCGUUGAGGCUUCCUCAAGGGCGGGGAUGGAUCUCCGACUUUAUGAGUGCAUGAAUGCCCUGGACCCUUCGAGUGUCGUUCGGGGAAGAAAGCUAUGGGAUGUGAAUGUUCCCUUACUGAAUGGGUCAGUUCGAAUGCGAUCGGACCAAAGUACCUUGGGUGGACGGGGCGUCACUGUGAAACGGGUAGCCGAACGCUGGUUUGAAUUUGACCAGAACCAUUGA